GGUGACAGGAGCUUGAAGCUCUCUAUUUCGCCAACUUCGCAUUCCCAUGGAGGCGUCACCGCUGACCCGCCAACCUCAGCCGGAGGUCUUCGUCCCCAAGAUUAUCGAGCUCUAUUCAACCCUUUUCAAGGACGACGAUGACGGCGACAAAUCGGAAGGCUUCUGGCGGGAGUUUUUCCUGCUGCGACCCGAUCGGCCGACGCUGAGGAAGAUACUAAACGACAUCCAUCCGGCCGACUUGCUGCUCUUGGAGGGGCGCACGAGGGAGCUCUUCAGCAAGGCAAUUGCGGCGGUUAAGGAUGGCAAGGGCUCAGCUCCUUUAUAUGCUCUUGAUACCCUGAGCGUCUUCCUCGCCUGCGUGCUGACGAAGAAGCACUCACACCCGAGUUCCGACAUUAUAACAAUAUUGGCCGGCCUUGAUCACGUCGAUACGGUGUUUACGGAUUUUGUGAGCACUCUUGAUGGGAUUAUACGAAAUGGGACAAACCUGGAUCUGCGCCACAAGGCUAUCGAGGUGCUGCUGGCUGUCUCGGCUGGAGCAUAUCAGACGACGCUUCUGACGUACAUGAUACAGAGGGACUUGUUCCCUUCUAUUAUGAAGUUUAUCCAAAGCUCGGAGCAACCUGACCAAGACUUGGAACCGUUUACUCUUCUGGGAAUACUUGCCAACUACAAUAAGUUUGAAUUCCAAAACCCAUAUCAGCUGCGGUUAAACGACUUUGUCAAUGAGGCGGUCAUUCAGAAGGUUGUUCGUUGCAUCGGAAAUGCAUGCCAGGCACUGCGAUCCGAUUACAUCGACAUCCAGGACGACCUCCCCGAGGGCUGGACGUUGAGCAGCACUUUGAACAUGAUUGGCUUGGGAGUCAUUUCGCCAGGGCCAAAACCUGAGAAGAAGCCUGUGUAUGACGCGGCGACGGCAAAACAGCUGUUUACAAAAUUGCCCGGCCAAACUGCUGCUAUUCUCCUAGCUACAUAUGAUUUCUCCCAUGCUAAUAAGCUGUUUUGCUUCCAUCUCGUGACUUUACCCAGCGAAAAAGAACACGAGCGCCCAAUGUCUAGCUUCUUGUCACUCACGUCCUAUCUUCUACAGCACUCUCACCUGUCGUCCCGAGCAACGUACUAUGCGCAUCUGAACCUAAUGGUGCUGCGUCUUCUUAUUGAAGACCCGGCCAUUUGCAAGAAAAUUUGCAGCGACGAAUCCAAGACACAUGUACGGCUUUGUCGGCAGCGCCCACCGUAUCUACCCUUGGUCAAAGGGGAUCGAGUGCUUGCCACGUGCGUCCUCGACACGAUGCUGGAUGGUAUUAAUCACAACUUGAAGAGACGGUUGGAUGUCAGUCUCUACGUCCUCUGCCUGGGCAUCAUGCUCCGAAUCAUCUCCUAUCUUUCACGGUCACGAACGCGAUUGAGUUAUCAUUGGUCCGAGUUUUUCCGGUCUCUGCUCUCGCUUAUCCGUUUCCUCAACACGUAUGCCUCGGAUUUGAAAGACUUGCAGCAUAUCGAAACCGUCCUCGACCACGUCGUUAAUCUGGUAGCGUUAUCAUUAUCCGCUGGUGAAGCGUUCCUACCAACUCCCGCCGCAUACGACGACCUCUUCUACAAAGUCUUUGAGUCUGGCGAGGUCCUCACAUCUUUCAAAGAAAACUAUCGGCUGGGGAACCGCAACAGCAACUCAAUCGACACGCUAAUCAACGUCAGCGCGCACUACAAACAAAUGCUGACAGAGAGAGGCCCCUCGGAGAAGAAGCUGCCAGCCAAUCUGACAACACACCAGGUGGCCGAGGUUAUCAAGCAAGGCUACGAGACGCUGAGUAUCCAGGCCAAGGAAGGAUUGGAUGGGUGGGAGAGAUAUCGAGAGGCGGACGAGAAGAUUUUGUUGAAAAAGCUGGGCAGGACGGCUGUUGGAGAUGUGAUGGGCAUGGUGGAGCGACAAAAUUACUGAGCCUGAUUUGCUUUCUGAUUAGUAUAUAGUAUCAAAGAUUUUCUUUCCCCCUUUUGUUCUUGAGCUACUAGUAGUAGUAUUAGUGUCAUUAAUAUCAAGUUAUAGUAUCUGUG